CCCCUCCCCUCCGGGCAGAGGCAGAGGAGGGUGGCUCCACCAUCUUUUUUCACCGUGGCAUGUGCCUUUCGCCUUUUCUGGUCCGCUAGCUGCCGAGCUCUAUCCCCUUCCUCCAGUCCCGUUCAGUCUUCAGCUCAAUCCUUGCACUCUUCCGCUCUUCUACGUUGUUUUGUUUCGAGGAAAUCAGUAAAAGCCAAGUGUUAUGUGCGAAGGAGGCUGAUUGAUUGAUUGAUUGAUUUCUCACGGUCACGGAGCAAUGGAUCUUGAGUUCGGGAGGGGAAUGAGAUCCCCGCAGAGGGACUCAUGGAGGACCACCAUGCUCCUGGCGUACCAGAGCCUCGGGGUGGUGUACGGGGACCUGAGCAUAUCCCCCCUCUACGUCUUCAAGAGCACCUUCGCCGAGGAUAUCCAGCACUCAGACACCAACGAGGAGAUCUUCGGCGUCCUCUCCUUCGUCUUCUGGACGCUCACCCUCAUCCCUCUCAUCAAGUAUGUCUCCAUUGUCCUCAGAGCCGACGACAAUGGCGAGGGAGGGACGUUUGCCCUCUACUCGCUGAUUUGCCGGCAUGCCAAUGUGAGCCUCUUGCCCAACAGGCAGAUUGCGGACGAGGAGCUCUCCACCUACAAGCUGGAGCGCAACCCUGAAACCGUCGACAAGACCCGCGUCAAGGUGUGGCUCGAGAAGCACAAGAACCUGCACACCGCCCUCCUCGUCAUGGUUCUCAUUGGAACCUGCAUGGUCAUUGGGGACGGUGUCCUCACGCCGGCUAUAUCUGUGUUUUCGGCUGUGUCAGGUCUUGAGUUCUCCUUGUCCAAAGAUCACCAUGAAUAUGCCGUCAUUCCAAUAACAUGCGUUAUAUUAGCAUUUCUAUUUGCCCUCCAGCAUUUUGGCACACAUCGAGUCGGAUUUAUAUUUGCCCCGAUAGUUCUAGCCUGGCUAUUCUGCAUGAGUGCUCUUGGUCUCUAUAAUAUCAUACAUUGGAAUCCUCAUGUCUAUCAAGCUCUGAAUCCCUAUUACAUGUUCAAAUUCUUAAAGAAGACUAGGAAAUAUGGCUGGAUGUCACUCGGUGGAAUUUUGCUCUGCAUGACAGGAUCUGAAGCAAUGUUCGCGGAUCUUGGACACUUCUCAUACAGUGCAAUCCAGCUUGCUUUCACUUCCUUAGUUUACCCCGCGUUGAUUCUGGCAUACAUGGGUCAGGCAGCUUACUUGUCAAAGCAUCAUGACUUUUACUCAAACUCUCAAGUUGGAUUUUACAUCGCAGUUCCAGAUAAGGUGAGAUGGCCUGUUCUUGUACUGGCUAUUCUGGCUUCAGUUGUUGGAAGCCAAGCAAUCAUCAGCGGAACAUUCUCAAUAAUCAAUCAGAGUCAGUCCCUAAGCUGCUUCCCUAGGGUAAAAGUUGUACACACAUCUGAGAAAAUUCAUGGCCAGAUAUACAUCCCUGAGAUCAACUGGCUACUCAUGAUCCUCUGCAUUGCUGUGACUGUUGGAUUUAGAGACACUAAGCACAUGGGAAACGCAUCCGGACUAGCAGUGAUCACUGUGAUGCUGGUUACCACAUUCCUGACAUCCCUUGUGAUCAUGGUGUGCUGGCACAAGCCACCCCUGCUUGCCCUGGGCUUCCUCCUCUUCUUCGGUUCCGUCGAGGCGCUCUACUUCUCGGCGUCACUCAUCAAGUUUCUGGAGGGUGCAUGGCUCCCGAUACUCCUGGCCCUCAUUCUCAUGGCCGUCAUGCUUGUGUGGCACAUCACGACCAUCAAGAAGUACGAGUUUGACCUGCAGAACAAGGUGACCCUGGAGUGGCUUCUCGCCCUGGGUGACAAGCUCGGCAUGGUCCGUGUGCCGGGUAUUGGUCUCGUCUACACCGACCUUACGUCGGGCGUCCCCGCCAACUUCUCCCGCUUCGUCACCAACCUCCCGGCGUUCCAUAAGGUCUUGGUCUUCGUGUGCGUCAAGUCAGUCCCGGUGCCGUAUGUGUUCCCUGCCGAGCGGUACCUCGUCGGCCGAGUUGGUCCGCCGGGCCACCGGUCGUAUCGGUGCAUUGUGCGGUAUGGCUACCGUGAUGUUCACCAGGACGUGGACUCGUUCGAGACGGAGCUGAUCGAGAGCCUGGCCAUGUUCAUCAAGCUCAACGCCUCGUACCGGUGCAGCGAGGUCAGCGAGGGCGAGCAGCUGGAGGAGUGGGAGCCGGGGCUGACCGUGAUCGGAAGCAACACGCUCCGAGAUCACGCGAGCUACGACUUGCAGGACAGUGUCCAGCACUCGGCCGCGUCCGUCGAGAUGCGCCCUGCCGCCACCAGCCCUGGUGGCACGGGUUUGGAGCUCGCAGCCGAGUCCAACUCGCCCAAGCAGGUGAGGUUCUUCAUAGAUAACCUGGUGGUGAGCCCGGAGGCGGACAAGCAGGUGGCGGAGGAGCUGGAGGCGCUGGCGGCGGCGAGGGAGGCCGGCACCGCCUUCAUCUUGGGGCACUCACACGUGCAGUCCAAGCCUGGUUCGUCGGUGCUGAAGAAGCUGACGGUGGUCGGGUACAACUUCCUGCGGCGCAACUGCCGUGGCCCGGACGUUGCGCUGCGGGUGCCGCCGGCAUCGCUCCUGGAGGUCGGCAUGGUCUAUGUUCUAUGAAACUUCUUCGUUUUGCCAUGUGUUUAUGAUGAUAGGGUGAGAGUUUCCUGUGUCAUAAAUCUGCCCAUCGACCUGUCCUGCUUGCUAUGUAUUACUAGUAGGUAACUAAACUUGUCAGUGAUGUUGUAAUGCCCCCUCGAUUAUUUUGCAUCCGGCUGUAUAGUUUACAACAAGUAUAGUUUACAACGUCACAUUGUUGCCCCUGCUGCUCAUACACAUUUGGUGUUCUGUCACUUAGGUGCAAAACUACAGAGCACAUGUUCUAUUUUGUUCUGGACUAGUAAGGCUGCGUUUGAUAGCAAAGUAUUAUAUAAAUCAAAGUAUCAAAACUGCAGUAAUUUUGUCUGCAGGUAUGA